UGGCAGGUUAGCGCGCAGAAUCGUCGCCGAGCCGAAGGAACGCUCUCUCUCUCCGGCUCCUCAUUGUUUCCCACCUCUCAGGCACCGCAGAGACGCGGAGACGCACCCAGCCGCCGGCCCCGUCCGCUCCUCCCGCUCCGCGAUUCUCCCCCCAUCAGCUCCGCUCCGCUCCGAGCCGCCGGUCGCCAUGGCGAACACCGUAUCAGCCUACAAGGAGAAGAUGAAGGAGAUGUCUGUGCUGUCUCUGAUCUGCUCCUGCUUCACAGCGCAGCCCCAUCCCAACAGCACCUACCAGUACGGAGGUGUAAGGGAGGGUGCCAUCUCUAUUUUUGUCUCACCCCUCCCCACCCCCACGACUUCGUCCUCCUCAACAGACAUGGAAGUGAAGCCCAUUAACAAGCGCCUCUCGGGACAGUCCUUCGAGGUGAUUCUCAAAGCCCCCGCCGACCUGUCCCCCGAUCGCCCCCUGACGCUGACCUCGCCCCCAAGGAAGAAGGACAUGUCCCUGUACGAGCUCCAGAAGAGGCUGGAGGCUGCGGAGGACCGCAGGAGGUUCCAGGAGGCCCAGAUCUUGAAGCAGCUGUCUGAGAAGAGGGAGCACGAGAGGGAGGUGCUGCACAAGGCACUGGAAGAGAACAACAACUUCAGCAAGAUGGCAGAAGAGAAGCUUAACUACAAGAUGGAGACCAGCAAGGAGAACCGCGAGGCCCACCUUAACGCUCUCAAGCAGCGGCUGCGCGAUAAGGAGAGACAUGCCGCUGAAGUCCGCAGGAAUAAGGAGCUGCAAGCAGAUCUUUCCGGCUGAAGACAUUUUCUACAAUUUUCCCAGAGAGAUACCUGUGUCUGAAGAGUUUUGGCUAAAAAAGAAAAAAAAAUGCAACUUUUUUUAAACUUUCCGUAUCCAAGGUCAUACAUAUGUCAUUCUGCAUCCACUAGGCUCAUUUGUCAUGCUGUAGGGUAAGAGUUUUCCAGGUAGAUUAUCGCACCAACUGUCAUUCGCCAUUCACUAUACUGAUCUGAACUCUCUUAAGGUUCUCUGUACUCUGAUAAUGUCCGAAUUUUUCAACCUUCCAUUGCUUUGAUUACUGGAUCUUAAAACACAACACAAUGCUUCAAUUGUAUAAACUAUUACUCCUUACGUUAAUCAAACUGUGUGGUGGACCGUAUAUUGAUAUGCAAGUGUACACUUGUCAGUACUGUUUUUAUGGGAAAGACAUGCUUUAGGGCUUUUUCAAAGCGUUUCAUCAAAAGAAAAUUGCCAGAACGUUAUUGUCAGGCUAAGACCAAUUGUGAUUAGUGGCCAAAUCUUUAAGCCAAAACAUGAAGGCAAGAUUUAGAAUGAAGAAGUAUUCACAGAAGUUCUUAUUCGCCACUUAUUGUAGACUGAAGCACAACCACACAGACGAUAACUAUUCCAUUUACACAAGCUUUCAAGUUCCAUUGUUAAGCCAUGCCAUUUAAUAUAACCGUAGCUGUCUGUUCCAAUAAUUAACUGAUCGUAUGUAUUCGUGCGCGUGGGCCAGUUUUUAUUUGUCUUAUUACUGCAGUAAAGGUAGUAUAACGUAGGAGCAAAAAAAAAAAAAAAACCUGCAAGAUGUGAAUCUGUACAAGAGUGUUUGCUUGAAGUUGAACAAUGACUCGAAGCUCGUUAACGUGAUCCCUGUAAAUACCUUUUAAUAAAUGUAUGGAUUACUGUUUGAAAGCUAAAGCCUACGACUCCUCUCCGCUGCCAGCUCAUUCACCCAGUCAUCGCUUUUCCGCUCCGCUGCGUCUCACGUCUUUUAGACAGCGUUUCAUUCACAGGCUGCUGAGUUCUACUGUUCCACACGCUUUUGGAAGCACAACAUCGUUUAGGCUGCAAUGCCGGGGGUUAUUCUCACCAUUAGAAUGUGUGUCUCGCCGUGGGAGCCCACACGCUCCGACACACCCUGUAAUGCAGUGCAGGUUUCCGGUUUUCACAGCAACGAAGGCAAGUUUACUAGUUAGUUAAUAUGCUAGACUAGAGUAAGAACCAGGGCGUUGGAAUUCUGGAAUUCGAUUGGUGUAGAUGGGUGCAGAAUGCUCCCUCGCCAGCUGCAAAGCGCAGCGCUGUUUAAUUGCCGCCGACUGAAACUUUCUUGUUCAUACUCAGACAUGGUUCAGACAAGCUUUUCACGCAAACAUGAACCGAACACAGGAGGGAAACUUGCUCGGGUUCGAUAAAGACAUCUCAGAAGCGAGAGGCUCUGCCUUCUGUCUCACUCAUUCCAGGCAAUUUUAUUCUAAAAAAAGAGGUUGUAGAAACGAUGCAUUCUGCCUUUAGCGACGCUUUAUAAGAAUGUUAAGUGAUUCAUUAUGUGAUAUGUAAUUAAUACAUUAUUUCAAUCCAAUGCAACGCCUGUUAUACAGAGGGUAUCAUGACACGACUAGGGCUGCUAACUCUCACCGGAUAAAUUGCGGGAGAUUUAUGACGACUAUUUCGCCAACCAUUUUCAACUCCGUCACUUUUGAAUGAGCAAGUUUAGCUGAGCUAGUUAUCCCUGACUCUAAUCACUCAAAGCCUUAGCAAUGAUGAAAAGAGUACAGCGUCCUUUUUAAAUGUAGCCGACUUCUCCAACUUAGCACAUGAUUUUUUGCAAUUCAUAGAAGCCAAUGUAAAUUCCGGGUGGCUGCCUUUUAGCCAAAUGAGACAGGCACAGAAAAUUAAUUACACGAAUGCUUCUAAAAAAAAAAAAAAAAACUUCUGUAAUGGUCACUGAGCAUUCAUAGCUCUCAUAUAGAGGUUAAGUAUUUUCUGCGUUUGGACGGGCACUUAAUAAAUCAAUUUUAAUAACAGGCACUGAAAAACAAUGUCAUGUGCUUAAUAACCCAUAGCAACAUCACAUUAAAGUACGAAUGGUGAAAUAAUUUUAAUGCAGCUCUUUUAGUACUCUUUAAUUGCACACAUUAUACAUUAUAUCCUACACAAAUAGUUACAUGUCAAAGCACAUGUAACUUUAGGUGCACUAUGUAACGAUCCUUACAUAAUUUAAAAAACAACAUUCCAAAUCAGUUUCAUAAUAUGGACAGUGACAUAGUAUAAUUUGCAUAUGCAUGUUGAAUGGCAUAACUGUUUCUGAAUGUUGUUUGUCAUGCUCAUAAAGGUGUUAUAUAGCCCUUAUGAAGACUUAAAAUAGUUCUUAUGGAAAACCAUUCACAGAAUAUGAAUGUCACUUUUUAAAAUAUAUUUGCCAGUGUUUGACAGUGCCUCAAUAGUACUGUGGUUCAUGGUGAUUUUUGACAAUGCGUUAUCAGACCAGAAAAUGAAUAGCACCCCCUGGUUACAUUGAGUUGCGGCACUUUCCAUACAUCCACAGCAUAGCUUCAGUGACCAAUCUGUGUGUGUGGCAGGUGGGGUUAACAUGUAGGAUUAGAUAAUUUAUACCAUGUGUGGGCAUUAUGGGUCAUACACCAGGGUCAUUCCCAUAGUAACAGCUCUCUCAAUAUUGUGAUCAUAAUGUAUAAAUACCUUCACAGGCUUAUACUAGAGUUCUCAUGGGGGGAUUCCUGCUUUGUCCAUCGGUGUGUGCCCUAGUUUUCUUGCUCUGUGCUCGGGUGCGCUAUAGUAAUGGUUACACAGGUUAGGGCCUUGCUUUUGGGGAACCUUGUGAGGUCUGUGCCUUUCCACGCUGUCUGCUGUAUUUCCCGCUGGCCUAGAGAACCCUGCCAGACAGGCCUGAGUAACUGUGUGGAUAUAACAACAAGGUUCUCAACACCGUACUGAAAACACUGUCACCGUAUCAUAUUUUUCAGGCUAUUCCAUUUAGCACCCUCCUCUGAUCACAUCACACCUAUAAACAAUGAUGCAGUUACAGCUUGUAUGUGUUCAAACCAUAUUUUAGGAAAAUUCACCAGUAUCAACAGCAGAAGUUCAGUAUCAACAUGGAUAUGUUAUUGUGAAUAAAAAUGAUCAUGAAGAAAACAAUAAAGUUGGUUAAAUACCA